AUGAAAUUUGCUUGCUGCAACUUGACGACAGGUGUCUCUGAGUGCUUGUCGUGUUCAAAGUGUAGUAAUAAUUAUCACAUCAAAUGCCUAUAUCCAUCUGACAAACGGAAAGAAUUACCCACAGAUACAAAAAAACAUUGGAUUUGUCCGGAAUGUACGGUGGCUCAGCCAAGAUCUGCUAGAAAGGAUAGUACACCUGUGCGAGUGCAAUCGAUGUGUCAUUUGCGCAACGAUGUUGAUAAUGUCAAUGCUCGUAGAGGCGCCGCAUCUGAGGUUUACGAUGAUUGUGUCUUGGAUUUAACUGAUAGGACAUCGCUUAUCGACGUAAUUAAAUCUGUUAUGUCCACUGAAUUGGCGAGUUUUAAAGCGGAAAUCAAUGUUAUUAUGAAUCCAAUUAAAGAAGAAAUAAAAUUAAUUAAGAAAGAAUUUGAAAAUUUUAGAGAAAGUUUGGAAUAUAUUAAUACGAAAUUCGAAGAAAUGGUUAAGCGCACGGAUGGUUUUCAGGAGGAGAUUAAGGUCUUAUCUAAGAAAUGUAUCGAAAUCGGUAAACUGAGUAGUUCCAUUGAAAAAAUCGAGUCCGAAAACAAUAAUCGAGAACAAUGGGCUCGUAAGUCUAAUGUAGAAAUAUAUGGAAUUCCCGAAAAGAAAAAUGAAAAUCUUAUUUCGCUGUUACAGACUAUAGUUAAUAAGACAGAUCUACAAAUAAAUAUGAGUACUGAUAUCGAUUUCGUUACUAGGGUGGCCUCUAAAAAGUCUGAAAAUAAGAAAACCAAACCGAUUAUUGUACGUUUUUUAUGCCGAUGGAAGAAAGAUGAAUUUUUAUCAGUUGUCAGAAAAUUAAAGCUCAGAGGUACUGAUAUUGGUUUUAAUGAUGGUAACAGUUCGAUAUUCUUCAACGAUCAUCUCACCAGCACAAAUAAAGCGUUAUUGCAAUCAGUGAAGAAGGCUGCAAGUGAUAAGAAUUAUAAAUAUGUGUGGGUGAAAAACUGCAGUAUUAUGGCUCGUCGUUCCGAUACUAGUCCAGUUUUGCACUUUACAAGUUUGAAAGAUUUAAACAAAAUUGCAUGA